AUGUCCGUCCACGCAAACGGCAAGACCCCCUCGCACCCGUUCAGCAACUCACCAUUCCGCACUCGUGCGGAUCUCCAAGAAGCAUGCUGUGCUCUUCUAAACCCCCUACUUCCCCUCUUUACCCCGGGUGGCAGUCGUGUCAAGGUCGGAUCAUCCACGACUCGAUUCGAUGAGGGCGGUGCCCAGAUUGAGGGUUAUGCUCGUCCCCUGUGGGGCUUGGCAUCUCUCCUCGCGGGAAGUUAUGAUUACAAAGAAGCAGCACGAUGGCGCGAGGGCAUUAUCAAUGGAACUGAUCCCGAGAGUCCGGAAUAUUUUGGUGACAUUGAGGAUUUGGACCAGCGCAUGGUGGAAAUGUGUCCGAUCGGCUUUGCGCUCGCGGUUGCGCCCCAUGUCUUCUGGGAUCCGCUGACGGACAAGCAAAAGGAUAAUGUGACCAAGUGGCUGAAUAGUAUUAAUGAGCGCGAGAUGCCUAAUACCAAUUGGCUAUGGUUCCGAGUCUUCGCAAACCUGGGAUUGAGAAGGAAUGGCGCUUCCUAUUCUUUGUCGCGUAUCGAAGCUGACAUGGACCACUUGGAUACUUUCCACGUUGGUGGUGGCUGGAGCAACGAUGGCCCAAAGUCCCAUCAUCAGAUGGAUUACUACUCUGGAUCGUUUGCAAUCCAAUUCCUACAACUUUUGUAUUCAAAACUUGCGGGUGACUUUGAUCCUGAUCGGGCUGAAAGAUAUCGCCAGCGUGCUAGAGAGUUUGCAAAUGACUUUGUGCAUUGGUUUAACCCCGACGGUCGAGCCAUUCCAUUCGGCCGCUCCCUAACCUAUCGCUUUGCCAUGGUGGGAUUCUGGGGCGCUCUAGGUUUCGCAGAUGUCGAAUUACCCGCGCCAUUGACCUGGGGCGUCGUGAAGGGAAUCUUCCUUCGCAACUUCCGCUGGUGGGCUACACAGCGAGACAUCUUUAACAAUGAUGGCACCCUCAACCUCGGAUACACUUACAUGAACUCGUACCUGACGGAGAAUUACAACUCUCCCGGGUCUCCAUACUGGUGCUGUCUCUCAUUCACUCCACUGGCACUGCCAGAGACGCACCCUUUCUGGACUUCAGAGGAAGAACCCUACCCGACGGCCUCUCUUCCCGAGGUCGUAGCUCUCAAGUACCCGAAACACAUCGCCAUCCGUCGAGGAGGACACUCUUUCCUGCUUUCCUCCGGACAAGCGUGCCACUACCCGAUGAAAGCAACGCACGCCAAGUAUGGCAAGUUUGCGUAUAGCUCUGCAUUCGGAUACUCCGUUCCCACCGGUGGCUACCAGCUAGAACAGUAUGCGCCAGACAGCAUGCUCGCGCUCUCAGAAGAUGGCGAGUUUUGGAAGACGCGGCGAGAAGUCGAGGAUGCGCAUUUCGAGGAACCUGGCCAAGACGGUGUACCUGUGCUCGUUUCCACGUGGAAAGCCUGGUCUGAUGUUGAAAUUGAGACAAUUCUGAUUCCGCCAGCGUCGGAGACUCCGAAUUGGCAUCUUCGUGCGCAUCACGUGCGAACUGGGCGAGCUCUGCAGAGCUCGGAGGGUGCCUUUGCUAUCUAUGGAUGUCGGAGUGAUAAUGGUCGCCCGUUAGGUCCGAUGGAGGGUGAUGCAGAGGAAGGGACAGUUAGUGGUUCAGGAAAUGCACUCGUUGUUUCGUCGGCUGGAGCUGUGGGCAUUGUUGAGCUUCACGCUUCUGGACUGCGGGAGGGCCGGGUUGUCGUCCCUGACCCGAACUCGAACAUUGUUCACGGGCGUACACUUUUGCCGUCCUUGGGUAUUGAUUUGCUUCCUGGACAGGAAUAUUGGUUUGUGACUGCUGUGUUUGCUUUGCCGGAAAGAACCAAUGACUGGCGUGCUAUGUGGGAGCAAAAGCCAGCUAUUCCUGGAUGGUUAGCCAAGCGGAUGGAAGGUUCCUCUUGA